GCUGUCAGAGUGCUCAAAAGUAGUCGUACUUUGACUAUCUCUGUGGUAGCAGGCGCUGGAAAGGAGCUGUUCAUGACUGAAGAAGAAAGGCAGAAAGAAGCACGUCUCCGUGAGCAAGAACGGCAGGAGUUAAUGCACCAGAAGCGACUUGCGCUGGAGACUAACAAAAUCAUCAAAGAGCAGCAAGAGAAAGAGCGAUUAAGAAAGCUGGAGAUUUCCCAGAAGGCUGCAGAGGAGGAAGAGAGAUAUCGCAGAGAAAUAGAGCAGAUAACAGCAGAGGAAGAGAAAUUUAAAAAGGAGUGGGAAGAAGACUGGGGUCCUAAGGAACCUCCCAAAUCUCUAAAAACUGUAACUGCAGAAGUGCACUCUGCCCCUCAUUCUAAACACAAAACUUUUGGAUGGUUUUAUCGGUAUGAAGGAAAAUUUCCCACAAUCCGCAAGAGGAUCAAGGAACGAAAGAAGUCAAAAAGUGACAGUCUGUGUGAACAGAAGAAGAAUAAAAAGGAAAUGGAGUUUGAGCAAAAACUUGCGAAAGAGAAAGAAGGAAUGCUGGAGAAAGAAAAACAAUUGAAAAUAAAUCGUCUUGUGCAAGAGGUAUCUGAGACAGAACGAGAAGACCUGGAAGAGUCAGAAAAGGUGCAGCACUGGGUGGAAAGACUUUGUCAGACACGAUUAGAACAGAUUUCCUCUGUGGAGAAUGACUCUCCUGAGUUGGCAAGUGGACGUCCUUCUGCUUCUCCUUCUGCCACAUCUAUGCGGCGUUUUGCCGGUGGCCUGCAGCUUCAUACCACAGAUCUUGACGAUAUAAACUUAGAUGAAGUUGACAAGCCCAAACAACGUGUGGUACCACCUCCGCCACCACCACCCACUGUUACUCCAGCAUCAUCAGCUCAUCUGCUUCCUACAUCAAAUAUUCCCCUUUCAAGAGGUCCAGCCUUGGCAGCAACACCAGCUUCCCAGCAACUCGCUCCAAGUCCACCUACCCAACGACAUCCAGGGGUACCACUAGUCUCUAAACCAGUCAUGCUGCAUCCUGACCCAAACUUUAUGGUCAGGCCAACAAUCAAAUCAGAGGCCCUGCCACAAGAGAUGUUUAAAAGGAUGGUGGUUUACAAUUCAUCAUUUAGAUGUAACAAAAAACAAGGCUUCCAGAAAUACUUGGAAGAUUUUGAUCCAUAUUCAAUGUUUACCCCAGAGCAGAUUAUGGGAAAAGAUGUACGGCUGUUACGAAUUAAAAAGGAAGGAUCGUUAGACCUUGCAGUUGAGGGAGGAAUUGAUUCUCCAAUUGGAAGGAUAGUCGUGUCUGCCAUCUAUGAGGGUGGUGCUGCAGACAAACAUGGAGGCAUAGUGAAAGGGGAUGAAAUACUAGCUGUAAAUGGCAAGAUAUUAAUUGACAGCAGGCUGGCAGAAGCACAGGCAACUCUAGCAAAAGCUUGGAGCAUGGGUGGGGAUUGGAUUGACUUAGUCAUUGCGGCAUCACCUCCAAAGGAAUAUGAUGAUGAAAUCCCUACUAUUCCAUCAACAGCAGUCAGUCCCAACACACACAGAAAGGUUUUUGAAGGCAGUGCACCCGUGUACAGACAAGGGUAUCUCCUGCAGCUGUAG